CCAAUUUCUUUCUCUCUCUUUAAUUCCAGUUUUCAGUUCAGAAAUCUCUGUUGUUUGAUCUGAAUAUGGCAAUGUCUGUGAGGAGCGUUUCUGGUUUAUUGGUGUCGAGCAAGCAAGGGGAUGGCGGUGCUGAUUUUAGAGGCAGCAGCCUCUUGUUCAAUGGCUCAAAACUUGGGUCCUCUUCCCCUUCUAGUCUGAGUUUUAAUCAGCAGAAGAAAUCUAGAAACCUUGCGGUUUCUGCGUCGAGCGAGAUGGUGUUGACUGGUGUUGUGUUCCAUCCAUUUGAAGAGGUUAAGAAGGAGGUUUUUGCUCUUCCGAACUCUGCUCAGCUUUCGCUUGCUCGUCAGGGUUUUGCAGAUAAAUGUGAAGCUGCCAUAAACGAGCAGAUCAAUGUGGAAUACAAUGUGUCGUAUGUGUACCAUGCCAUGUUUGCUUAUUUUGACAGGGACAAUAUUGCUCUUAAGGGCCUGGCCAAAUUUUACAAGGAAUCAAGUGAAGAAGAAAGGGAGCAUGCUGAAAAGUUGAUGAAAUAUCAAAAUGUAAGAGGCGGAAGAGUACAUUUACACUCUAUUUUAAAUCCUCCAUCAGAGUUUGAGCAUGCUGAGAAGGGAGAUGCAUUGUAUGCUAUGGAGUUAGCUUUGUCUUUGGAGAAGCUGACAAAUGAAAAGCUCUUGAACUUGCAUAGGGUGGCACAGGAGAACAAUGAUGCUCAAUUGACAGAUUUUAUCGAAAGCGAGUUUCUUACUGAGCAGGUUGAAGCCAUUAAGAAGAUAGCUGAGUAUGUCACCCAAUUGAGGCUGGUUGGAAAAGGACAUGGAGUGUGGCACUUUGAUCAACAGCUCCUUCAUUAAGCAGGAUGAUACUGCACUUCCACAAUUUGCUGCUCGUCUACUACUAUUUUUAGUGCUUCAUGCCUAAAAGUGCUUUCUCUGCAUAUGUAAUACUUAUUUACUCAAGGCAUAGGUGGCUUUCAACUUAUCUAGAAAAUAUUGUAUCUCGUGAGUCCUUAUUUAUUAAAUGAAGUUGCUAUAACUUGCUAUAA